UUUUGCUGGCAGUGUUUACAAAUAAUAUAAUGUUCACCGAUCGAUCCUAAUUCGACCCUGUUGUUAAAUGAAAGUGUCGCAUAGUUCUGGGGAAAUUCUACUUCAAAAAAUGAAAACAGUUUGGUGUGCGAAUCAUUACUUUGAGUGACUCUGUUAGCGUUAAACGUUCGAAUAAUGGAAAAUUCAGACACUGUGUACAUUAAGUUUAACGACCCUCGAAAUAUGUACAGUGACCUGAGAACCUUUUCAUCAAUAAACGGUUUACGUGGCGUAGUAUACAACCAUGGCGGUAUACUGUUUAAGGAUGGCAAGCGACGAUCACAAAAGCUUUCAACAGUCGAUGCAAAGAAACGGACACCAAAGACACAUAAAAUCGAAAAACGAAAUGAACGGGAACGGUUUCGUGUGCAAGCGGUAAAUGAUGCUUUCUGUCGACUUCGACGUUUAAUACCAACAAUAGCUGCUCGACGAAAACGUGUUUCUAAAGUCAAGACACUAAAGAAAGCUGUACAGUAUAUAAUACAGUUGCAGGCGAUUUUGCAAUCGUCAUAUGCUUGAUGGUUGAAUGAA